AUGGUUGCAUCUUUGUUGUUUGCUAUACACUCAUCUCUAGCAGCGCUGUUAAUGUUUGUAACAGUACAUCAAUCCGGUAAGCCGAAGCAAUGCAAUUUGUUUAAUUAUUUAAUACGUUAUCAUUCACAUAAUCUUUGUUAUAUAGACCUCCAUGAUAUUUUGAUUCCUUGCUUGUUGUUUCAGAGGCUAUUGGGUGGAGCAAACAGCCUACCAAACCAACAAUCCUGGUAGAAGGAAUUAACAAUACUGAUCAGUCCCUCGUCUGGGAAUUUUUCCUUGAGUCAAACGAGACUGUUCAAAACGUUUUACUUCAAAGAAAAAAGCCUGGAGAAAAGAAUCCAACCACAUUCGCAUCCAGACUCGCUGGCUCCUCGUUUACCUUAUUGGAUGGUACAUACAGGAAAGAGUACGGUACAAGUCUUCCGAAUACGCUUAUUUUGAGAAAUGUCACAAAUGACGAGGAAUUUAUUUACUUAAUCGUGGUAAAUUACAUUAAAAACAACGUUGCUCAACCUCGUAAAAGUGAUCAAGUGGAAUUAAUUGUUUACGGUGAGUAAUGAUUUCUUAAUGGUGUGCUGUUUGAUUUCGCCAUCUCCUAGACUAUCAAAGAUCAAGUGAUUCCGCAUCGUAGUUUACUGUCAGAUACCUUCAAGCCUAUGCGUUAGCAGGUUUUUACCCAUGGCUUAUAUAAACUGAUACUACCAUAACUGCUUCUAGUUUUGAAUUAAUGAUGAAUGGAUAACUUUUGAUUUAUCUCCAAAAGUAUAAGCUUUCGCAAAAGAGAAAGCUAGCAUCAACCCAUGUGAAGCAUUUUAGAUAUGUACCCUAGCUUAAAAAUUAAAAAAGAAACUGCUACCUUCAAAAAUACGAAAGUAUUAAAUCAAAAUCUUAGCAUUUCGUGGUCAGUGAUCUUCUGGCUACCGUUCAGUAGCAUUUGGGAAACAACUAUGGAAGUCAGUCUCUCCUACAUUUUUUUGAAGUCAUUCAGGGACGCUAAGCCUGCCAGUCAAUUUUUGCACACACACCAAAAAAAUCAACCAUGAGAGCAGUAAAAAACAAUCAACUCUAAGUGAGGAUAAAUUAUUAAUAAACAGUAUUCUUUACCAAAAUCUUAAAAAAAGCUGCACACAAAACUUCAGUAAAACUGAUAUUCAUAAAAAGAAAACGUAAAUGUCAAUACAAAAUUCCGGCAAAACCCCUUCGCAAUUCAAAAUUCCAAAAAAUCACAUAGAGUUAUAAAAAAAAUGAAGUCAUUAUCGAUAAAUAAUGGCAUGUUUUAUUCCCCUAAAAAAAUGUCAAUAGACUACUUUUAAAAAAAAAUGAAUAUCGUGAUAACAGAACAUAGUUUCUCAGUAAAUGUAGAUAUGUAGAUUCGAGAAAAAAAAGAGUAAAAAUUUUGAAACAGUUUAUUAAGCAGAAAAACCUUUGUCAUGUUAUAUUUUCCACCUUAACUUGAAAGGUCAUGAUGAGAUGUUUGGUGACAUUGUGCGUGGUUAAAUUGAUCGAUGAAAACACUUACAAAAUUAAUAUUGGAUGUGAAGUCAUGCAUCCUUUACUGAUUCAAUAUUUUGAUAUCUAAAAAUAUGGCUUACCUUUUGCAUUUAACAAUUUAUUUAUCUUAUAAACAAGCAUGCAUUAAGAGAAUUUAAACCUUGGCCUUUUUUAUUCAUUUGAAAAGAAAAUUCUAUCCUCAUUCUGCCAGCCCAAUUCUCCGACCUCAUUUAAUUUUAUGGUCGCCAAAGUGACGGGAUGAUCGUGUAGGCUUGGAAAAUAUCAACCAAAGCUUGACCAAUAACAGCAGAGGUUAUCAUAGAAACCAUAUGGAGCUGAUGAAUAAAAGUUGUAAAUGUGAUUCUUUAACAUUCCUGCUCUAAGGCCUGGUUGUCACUAGCACAUAAACAUAAGCAUAAGUCGCACGCACAGAAUGGCAUAUUUGACUCAAUUCUCUAUAACAGCUCUCCUCAACCCGAUGGUAAACAAGACGGCAGACGCUUCGUCCGCCAUAUUGCUUUUGAUAUAUUCGCAUGAGGUCUGGGUCAAAGUGGCUUAUGAUUGGUCCACGUCCUUGUGUUUAUGCUUGUGCUUAUGUCGCCCCCGUUUUCACUAGUGAAAGCUACGACAUAAGCAUAACCAUAAGCACAAGAAGAACGAAUUUGUCCGUUCUUCUUGUGCUUAUACUUAUGCUUAUGUCGACCCAGUUUUCACUUGUAUACACUUAAGCAAUAGAAAACGUUUUCCGUGUUUGCACAGCCUGAUAUAAACACGAGAGGGGUUGGGAGAAUUCGAGACAGUUAUGCAAACCCUCGACUUCGUCUCGGGUUUGCAUAACUGUCGAGAAUUCUCCCAACGCCUCGAGUGUUUACAUCAGGCUAUGCAAACACAGGAAAAAAGUCUUCUAUUGCUUUUAUAAAAUAACUUUCCGGGAGAAAAAAACGCAAAACUCUUUGUAUGGCUCUGCUUAAAAGAAAAAUUCUUACCAGUCGCAAAAUCUUGUCCACGAAGUCUUGCACGCAUAAUCAGUUCUUGUUUUGCAAAAAGAUGCUUUGCAAAGUACGGAUUUUUCUCUCUUAAAACGGUCAGCUUAAGAGAAGAAAAAUGUACACACCUUCUUUGAAACGAUUUUCCAAGUUUCAGCCGACGAAGGAAUGGGUAAAUAAAGUAAACUUUUUGAGUUUUGAACUCGAAGACUUUUUCAAAUUUGUGCUUGCGUAAUUAGCGCGCGAAAAACCAAACAACUUGACGCCAAAACCAUGUUUACAUACUCUCAUGCAAACACUCCUCUCGGCCAAUCAGAGCGCGCGUACUAUCUUAGUUAUUUUAUAAAUGUGCUUGUGCUUAUGCUUAUGCUUAUGAGCUAGUGAAAACCAUGUUUAAGUUUCCUUUUAAUAACUGAUUAUCAACUUUGCAUUAUUAUUUUGCUAGCUUCGAAAUCAUAUGAUAAUUUUAUGAGAGAAUCACAACAUAUAUAUAGAUUUAGCCAGGGCUAAAAGCGAAGCUCUCGAUAAUAUUUAUAGUUUGCCCAGACAAAAUAUAUAAUCGUGUAAUUAUGCCAAGCGGCGAAGGCAACGAAAACGGCGAAAAAAAACAACAAUGUGUCUUAUUAGCAAAAAAGCAACUUUGUACGUGUAGCACAGUUUGUUUGCACAUUUCUUUGCCGUUAUUUUGCACGACUACACCGUGAAACUUCCAGAAACUUCCUAGUUACAGGUGUUAUAGAGAAAAUUUUGCACGUGUUCAUGUUCAGUUUUUUUUCAGUGUCGCUCAUUUUCACCUUGAUGGCCGCUAGCAUUUCUUAUUUCCUCACCGCCGCUACAAAAUUUUCAUGUUGAUCUUCCAACAAAAAAUGUCUACUUUGUCUUUUAUUUCUCGCUCUAGCUGUCUGUCGCCUACUUUCUCAUUUUCUCUGUCUUUCUCUUUCUCUGUAUUGUAAUAAUACAGUAAUACUUUAGACAACUUGGAUCCAGAAAUAAUUUCCCCUUUCCGUAUUUGUCUUUAUUGACUCUUGUGUCUCUGCUUCACUAGACGCGGGUGGCUAUGCGACUUUCCGCCACAAUGACCUCGAGCUGCAAUACCUGUUGAUUGAGUUAUUUUAAAUUAGUUUGCCUGUGGUGCGGACGGACGGACGGUCGGUCGGUCGGGCAUACGGUAGAUUACCACAUUUUCUUAGGUAUGGGGCUGCGCUCGCGCGCGCUUCACGAGCGUGGAGGUCCGCCAUAAGGCAGCUGGAGUGUGCCUAGACAUGAAACUUCAAAUUCACUAAAGUCAAAACGCCUGGCGUUCAAUCUAUUCAAACAUCCUACUAAACUUAUUAAACUCUCUCGGCUUUUGCAAGACUAUAAGGAGGAUGGGUGGAGGAGGGGGCUGGGGUAAAAUCGUUUGUGGGUGCCUGAAAUUCUUUCAGGCACAGUGUGCAACUGAAAAGAGGAGAAUGACAUUUUGUUGGGGGUUUUAUGAGCUUUUUUCCUGCCCUUUAAUCAACUUUGGCCAUUUUUUACAUUCCAGUUCCUCCAAAAAUAACUAAGGAGCCUGUGAAACAGUCAGAAGUAGACGUUGGACAAAACUUGAUGCUCUCGUGUGAAGCAGAUGGCGAUCCAACGCCAAAAAUCAUCUGGACCAAGGACGGAGUCCCUUUUAAACAAUUUAAUUCUAGUGGUUCCGAUCUACAUCUCACAAAUGUACAGAGGGGGAAUGUUGGAUCCUACAGAUGUACAGCAACAAAUGCAUAUGGAAGUACCACCAGUAUCGCCGUCGUUAACAUAAACUGUAAGUAGCAGUUAAUAUCAAAUAAAAUCAUUUUUAGGGGCCGUAUAUGUGUGGAAAUAAUUUAAUAGGAGAAUCAUUCAUGUCUUGCAUUCAAACACCUUCUAGUGUUUAAAUCAUGCUAUGCAGUCACGAAAAAAUGUUUUCUAUUGCCAAAUCAAAUGUAAGCGGGACCAACGUAAUGGCCACUUACGGGUAAUACACCUUGGUCGUCAACGCUGUGAACGGUGGAUUUGUUUACUCAAGUAGAUCUGAGUUAAGGCCUGGUUCUUUACAGAUUCCUCGGAAAUUUAAAGGGAGUGGUCUAAUGUAAAUUAACAAUUAAUGAAUAAGGCUGAGUAUCUUAUGAAGAAUUAUGGAGAUCGAAGAGAGGAGGGUGUUAUCCGUCGAGGCCGCAGGCCGAGGCGGGUAACACCCUCCGACAUCUCCAAAAUUCUUCAUAUGAUACGAAAACCGAAUUCAAUAAUUGUUUUAUUAUUCAUUCAAAAUAAUUCCUAGUUUAAAAACAGCUAAAACACGCUUACCUCCAUCGAUGUUAAGUUCAUCUUCGAUAGUGCGCGUUUAGGGUUGUUCAGCUCCGCAAAUAUUCUCCAAAUAGCAGAUGUCGCCCUUUAAGUUGUCCCCUUGCUGUUCUUGCCAUGUUUUUAGCUAUUAUUUCGCCUAGUUGUUACUCUUGAAACGAGUGAAAUGUCUGCCAUUUUUGUUUUCACAACCAAAACAAAUCCCCCUCGUCCUCAGGUCUUCUCGGUUAACAGUGCAUUAACCUGCAAGGAAGCUGCCCUUUUGACGUCAUCGGUUGAUUAAUCGCAAAAUUCUUCCAAAUUUGGUCAUCAGUAGCUGGUUAUGGUGAAUUAUGCGUGUGCUUUUAGCCGAUCAGAAUCGGGGAAAUAUUUGAAUGAAUAAUAAGUUCUCUUAAGAUAUCCCAGGUCUAAUAAAUUAAGGCUAACCAUAACUAAGAAAUCUUCAAAUUACAUUUUAAAAAUUGUUUAUAACUGCAUCACGUGACAUGCCACACCCUGUUUUAUCGAGAAAUCCUUUGGGUCAAAAUGCCCACUAUAUAGAAAACAAGCUGUUUUCCUCUUGUAGGUCCAAACAGUGGCUAUUCAUAGUCUUCUUGUAAAAACGGUUGGAAUGAGCCGAAGUGAUUUAAAGUCUUUCUCCUAACAAAAAUUUUAGUUAGAGCAGAACUGGCACUAGUCAAUGAACACCAAUUGCACCUACAAAUUUUAAAGAUUCCAACCAUUCCGCGCAGAUUUCGUAGACACUUUGUAGGGUCAAAGUUUUGAUUAAAAGAAACUGGAGCUUCACGUUUAGCAAGUGAUGGGCAUCGUUGGUUGCAAUUUUCGAACAGAAGAGGGCGUGGUCGAUCACGUGACUUGGUAAUCUGGAUUUCUUUUUUCAAUUUUUUUAAGGUUAGUUAACCUUAUUUUCUCUUAUUCUUGGGGGAUGUCUUUAAUCAUGGUUUUUGCAAAAAUUUGCUUAAAAAUCACAAAUGACUUAGAACCAGGCCAUGAUCAACAACCGUCUGAUCAACCCAGCCUUAUCCCUAUCUCUGUUAAUGACAGGUCCAUCAAACCACUGUCAAGUCCAAUAUGUUGGAAUAACGAUAUUAAGCGUGGAAUGGGACAUGGCAUUUGCAAAUAAUCGGUCAGUCAAGCAAGAGAUUUUUAAGGCGAAUUUGUCAUCAGCAGUAAGUUGUCGACCGUAUGUGUGCUUUCUUUAUUUUAAUAUUUAAAUCAUGAUACUGUUAGUAGGCUUUUUACUUCGGGCAGGGGAAAAUAACAACGUAAAUUACAAGAUGAAUUUGGCCACUGUUUAAGCAUAUAAAGCUGGAAAACCCCGUUUAUACGGAGAAAAAUUGUUCCUGGUAGAAGGACCUCUGUCCUGCCCUUACCUGGGCCAACCGGCUUUUCUUACAUAGUGUCCAGGCCACCCCUUUCUGAAUUUUCUCGAUCCGCCCGCCCCUGCGUCCUAACUUCCUAAUUUGAGAAAAUUUGACCUGAAUCCGACGGAUACCGUUUGCCGAUUACUGCCUUCCUCUCAGACGUUCUUAGGGGUUCGUCACGCGUUCCUGCCUCACGAACGUCUGCUAAAACUAGUGGUUAAAAAAAAUUCCUUUCCUUUUCGCAAAUAUUAACUGGAGCUCAAGUGCAGAUUAUCGGAGAACCAAUCGGCGCUGUUGGAGUCAAAUUGUUGACAAGCCAAACAUGACGCACAAGCUCGGUAGAGUGUGAUACGUGACCAAAGAAUUUUGCUCGGGGCCAAAAAUUUAGGAAAUAAGGGUUAGCUUUUUGUAAAUUUCUCUCUUCAUGUAAACACUGGAUAAGAUGCUAUUUCCUCAAAAAUGUUUUCUUUUGGAGAGGCAAAGGUGGGAUUGGUACGUUGUAACUGAACAAGAGGCAAUUUUAUUUUCGUAGUUUAUUGUUAUGUAACCUCCGUUCAGCAGUUUUAACCCUGCGAGGUAAUUUUUUCAAUGAGAUUGUGAGGUUAACCUCUAGUAUGAAAACUUGUGAGUUAACUCAUAAGAAUAGUUCGUUUUAAAAGUGUGAGAUGAGACUUUCUGAUCUUUCUUGGAGUCUCGCGACAUUUCGCAAGGUCCAAAGUGUACUUCCCAGAUCUGGAAGUGUGCUGUGAUUGGUAUAAAUAUUUUUCCCGCUCGUUUCAGCGGACGUUCGCUGGGAAGGGUUGCGUGACAAGCCAAAAGAACGUCUGCCGGAGAGGCUAUUGCCAGGCGUAAACUUUAUUCUAAAUAGAAAAGUCGCUGCAAAGAUUUAAAAAAAGAAUAACGGCAAAGUAUUAGUCCCAAAUUAACUUCCAGCCCAGGUUCCUGAGAAUGGUUAUCACCAAUGCAGUUUGAUUAUCAGUGUCUAAUCUCAAGGCUUUUGUUCAAUAGAUCUCACGUCUCUACAGCAUGCCUCACAAUGCUGAGAAGCAGCUCUUUAAACUGACUGUUGUAACAUUUAGGUAACUAUCCACACUUUUUGUCUCAUAUUAACAUGUAUGUAUAUUUCCCAUACUUUUCUGCAAGCAUUUCUUAUGAAGACUUGUUAAUAUAUAUAUUUUUUUCACAUAAUAUUUAGUUUAAAAGUAGUGAUUUUAUGAGGACAAUUCUGGGUGAUAAAACGCGUUAAGAACAAAAAAAUACCGAAGGAGAAAUCCCUUUAUUUUAAGAAUAUUCAGGGUUGUCAAGAACAUCACUUCAUACUCUCAUUAGCUGCGCAUGCUUCACUUAAGGUUCUGGGUAUUGUUUCCUAUGAAUUUUACAGCGAUUGCCGUAUUUACUUCCAUUAUGUCUCAAUUCGGUCUCAAUGGAGUUCGAUACACUGGUCGCUGCAACAACUUCGUAUGUCUUAAAUCCUGAUUAAUGUUCUCGUUAUUUUCAUUUUAGGCGAAGAAGUAGCACAUGCAUGGCUGUUGUACAGCUUCAAUUCCAAAAAGACGUAGACGAUCCGUUAAAGCCUCUCAGAGAUGACAUAUCGGAUGGAUAUUUAAGGAUGUUCAAAGUUGAAAGGCAAUUGGAUCUUAAUCCAAGUAUGUUUGAUCCACUCACUAUUUUCGGUUCGUUCACUCGAAACAUUUUGGACAUAAAUCAAAUGGACAUUUAGCGAAGUGUUUCCUUUCUACACAUAAAACUGAUAGCAAAAAAGGUUUCAAAAUAACGACUUUUGAAACACUAAUUUGACGAGGUACAACCAUGACUUGUUUUAUGAAAUUGCAUGAAUUGCUUUCACAUCCAUUCGUACUAUCCUUAGAGCUACUUUGUGAAAAGAAAAGUACACAACAUCGACAACAUAGCGAAAAAGGCUAUACACUCUCUAUAUAUCUAUCUUGUUCGCCAGACUAAGUAACAAUGCAAUUUCUAGCAUUGGCGGUCAUGUAUAAAUAAAUAAAUAAAUAAAUAAAUAAAUAAAUAAGGGUAUCAGUUGUUAUUUUUCAUAUCUUUGGUUACAACUUUUGUCUCCCUUCUCUUAACCUGACACUGAUAUAACUUUUAAAUUUUGUUUCUUCUAGUUCCUACUACAAGCUCACGUCCUACUUCCUCACGUGCUGAAUCCAAACAUAUACAGAGAAGAGGCAUUGUUGGAGAAAUAAUUUUGAUUCUUCUUUUUCAGCUGUUUCAGUUGUUUCUACCUGAGUUAUAA